GCCGCGUCUUGCUAUUUGUCUCCUACUCAACACCAUCUUCGACUUUUGACCUCCUGAACUUCUCCAUCCCGACUUCCCUGCCGUCCUCCAUUCCCACAAACGGGAACGAAUGUGAGUCAAAGAGAUCACUUUGCACUCGAAAUACCCUAAUUACCAUGAAAGGUCCUUCAAGAAAGCUUCUUCUGAACCUUGUCGAAAUUUUUGCACGCGUAUCCAAAAGAGCAGAGGCGCAGCAGGCCGAAGAAUUUGAACGCGGUCGCCCUUUCAAGAGGAGAAAGAUGGACGUGAUCAUGAUUGACUCGUCCCCAGAGCGAGGUGGAUCGCAUGCGAACCCAAUCGAGGUGGAUUCGUCCCCUCGAGCUCCGCCACAGGAGGAGAAUGACAUCAGAUCUCCGCCUAUACUGGUGGAAUCUUCUCCGGACAUGGCUCCUACGGAACGGCCUCAUCCCUUUAAAGGAAAGGGCCGCGAAGCAAAGCCCAAUGCUCCGCCUAUAGUCGAACAGGAUGCUGGUCCCUCUAGGACGGCAAAGGGAAAGGGGAGGGCGACACAGGUCCCCAUUCCUUCGGUGCUCCCGCGUGAAGCUGGUUCCAGGUCUCGUGGGGAAGCUCCAGAUCAUCCAAACUGGGACAGAAGAAGAUCGCUGCUCAUUAUUCAUCAGCAAUCUACACCCGGGCUACGAGUUCUACCAGCCCGCACUCCGUACAUACAGAGUCAUGGUCGAAUACCUCGUCACGUUCAAAGUGCAUGUCAUGAAGAGGAUCCUGGAGGACGAGGCCUCGACAAGAGACUGGACGAGGCAAUCGCCAAGCUCAAGCAGGUGGAGGUGGCUUAUGCUGCUCUCAACAGUAAACGAGUAUCAGAUGGUCGUCUGAUCAGGACCAUUGUGGGGAAGAAGUCGUACAAUUCGCCGACAGCAAUUGGAAGGGAUCCGCACGAAUACCGCACGAUCAGCAAAUCGGUAGGUCUAAACGUAAAUGUAUGGAUGCCGCUGAUCUCCAUCUCUAAUAGUUACGGACGAACAGCAGAAUCGAUGGCAGCAGCGAAGGCCCAGAAUGAUCGAGUGGCGGCAUGGAAUAUUGCAAAGGCCAAAAACGACCGGAAAAAGGAAGCACAUCUCUACGGGAGUUGGGAGCGGGCCAUUCUCCAAGCGAGACUCCCAAGAACAGCCAAGGAUCUCUCAGAUGGUGUGACCAACAAAUGCUCAGUAUCAGUUGCCGUGGUCCAGUGCAAUGUGUGCAGUCAUUAUGACAUCCGAAUAAAUGGGAAUACCAUGGACAAAUGUGACUGGACAGACGAAUAUCAUCAUCGCAUCAAGGGUCGAAGCUACCUCCCCGACCAAUUCCAAAAACAAAAGAAGCCCAGAAA